CCUAUGUGACAUCAUAAGACCUCCCUAGAACACUUUACUUUUUCUCCUCCACAGGCUUCAAUUGUUCUCAUAAAUCUGUUAACAGAAAACUUUCUAGCUAAACGUGGAUAAGACUCCAUACUACUCACAAUACUCUAUAUCUUGUGAUCAUCACAACAGCCAAGGUUACCUAAAAGAAGAGGGUGCUCUCACAUUUGGCUGUCCACUUUUCACCUUUCUCUUGAUCAUUUAAAACUUCAGACUUCCUUGCCUUCCUGUAUCAUGGAGAAAGUCCAAUACCUCACUCGCUCUGCUAUAAGAAGAGCUUCAAACAUUGAAAUGCCUCAACAAGCACGUCAGAAUCUCCAGAACCUAUUUAUCAAUUUCUGUCUCAUCUUAAUAUGUCUCUUGUUGAUCUGCAUCAUCGUGAUGCUUCUCUGAAGUUCUGCUACAAUCUCCAGUGAUGCAACUUAUUGCCAUCAACUUAAAAUCUGUCAUCCCACGAAAAGAGGAAAAGAGACCACUUCCUAAGUAGAAGAAUUUAUUUGUGAAAAGGUCAAGAUUCAGAACAAAUUGAUAGCAAAUGUAUUCAUCAGCUGCAUCUUGUAAAGAUGAAAAGGGCUCUAUUAUCAAAAUUAACUUUAAAAUGACUAUUAGUAUGCAUAAUGUAACUGCUGAUUUCCACAACAAAUCUUGUAAGUUUCUAUCCCAAACCUUUUCUAAGGCUGAACUAGGGGUUUAGUUUUGAAAACACACUGCUAACAAUUUCACUUCAUAUUUAAGCACUAGCUUCACUAUUUGGGGUGAAUAUAAUUUAUCUUGUACUGUAAAGGCCUUUUUGGUGUUCAUUAAUUAUAUUUCAGGUCUUCGCUAAGUACCAAAAUAAUCAUUCAAAAGAGCUGUCAUCACCUGAAAUAGCCCACUGAAUCCUCACAUCUGUUAUCUUUAUUAUUAUCAUACAGAAAUCUUUGUAGUAACUAUCAUAACCUAUAUUCUAAAAUAGAAAUUGUGUUCUUUUUCUAUACUUAGCAUUUUUUGAAGUUUAUAAGAAUCAAGUAGGAAAAAGGUAUGCCAUACUCUUACAUAAAUAAAAUUUUCUCUUAAUUAAU